AUGCCCCCUAAGUUUGAGGCGAAACACGGCAAGUUGCGGGUUACGCAUGCGCUCUACGUCGUGUGUCUCCUCAGCCUCGGGCUCCUCCAGGCGAUUGGCAUCGGCUUCUUCGCGAAGGGAUUCCUACUCUCGCGGCAGGUACUAGACUUUAAUGCAACGUGUGCGCAUGACGCGUGCCUCGCGCCAGCCUUCUCGCGUGCGGUGGUGCUUGUGGUGGACGCAUUGCGCUUUGACUUUGCGAUCCCCGUCGCGGGCUCACGCGAGCCCUAUCACAACAACCUCCGUUUCCUCCACGAGCUUGCCCAGGACCUGCCUGAACACGCAUUGCUCCUCAAGUUUCUCGCGGACCCACCCACAACCACACUCCAGCGCCUUAAGGGCCUCACCACCGGCUCGUUACCAACGUUUGUCGAUGCAGGUCUGAACUUUGACGGCGAUGUUAUCGAUGAGGACAAUUGGAUCGCGCAGCUCUGGCGCCGCGGGAGCCGUGUCGCGUUCAUGGGCGACGACACGUGGGAUGCACUCUUUCGCCCGUACCUUGCGGCGAACAUGAGCUUUCCGUACCCCUCGCUUGACGUCAGGGACUUGGACACGGUUGACAACGGGGUUAUUGAGCACUUGUUUCCGCUUCUCGCCCAGCCACAGCACUGGGACGUGCUCGUCGGGCAUUUCCUCGGCGUUGACCACGUCGGCCACCGCUUCGGGCCAAAACACAGCUCCAUGCGGGUGAAACAGCUUCAGAUGGACGAGAUAUUGAGACAGGUUGUAGAUGAGCUCGACGACGACACCCUUUUGGUUGUUUUGGGUGACCACGGCAUGACGCGCACCGGCGAUCACGGCGGUGACUCACCGGAAGAGCUCGAGGCGGCAGUUUUUUUCCACGCAAAGAGGCCGUUUAUUCAUAGAAAGCUGCCAGAAAACUACGAUAUAGCCUUCCAGGGGCGAAACCACAGGGCGGUGAACCAGAUCGACCUCGUCCCGACGCUUUCGCUCUUGCUCGGGUUGCCCAUUCCGUUUAACAAUCUCGGGGCGCCCAUCGACGAGUUGUUUCGCCCGGAGCAGCUCCCCGUGGCGCACUAUAUGACGGCCCGCCAGAUUAACGAGUACAGGGCAGUCACGGACAUUCUUCAAGGAGAUGACGUUAUCAACGGGAUGUAUAGGGGACUUGAGAAGAUGUGGUCAAACAUCGUAGGAGAAACUGAAGAUGUCGCCGCUGGCCUCGCGGCUGACCCUGCCGCUAGCCUCGCCUUUGUUGAGGCUGCUUCGGUCUACCACCACACCUCCCUCGAACGCUGCCGCGACCUCUGGGCGCGCUUUGAUGCCAAACUAAUCCUCAUGGGUAUUACCCUCAUCGCCCUCUCCCUCAUCAUCCUCACCAUCUACGCCCGUCUCAUCCCUUCGGUCGUGAUUUCGCAAAUGUCCGGCGAAUUCGUCACCUCGAUGCUCGCCGUCCUUCCCCUUGGCUUGGUCGUGCUCGGUGCGAUCCACGCGAUCAUCAAGCCGGAGAACCUCUCCUGGGCGUGGUCGCUCUCUCUCGGCGUGGCCACUGCUAUCGUGCUCGGCUUUUUCGCACCGAUUUUCGAUCGUUACUCGCUCCUCUGGCUUCUCGCGCAGGCGCGCGACCUCCGUGACUGGUGGUCGCUCUUUGGUGCGCUCUGCAUCGUGCUCCAUGUGCUUGUGUUUGCGCUGAAUUCUUUCACGAUCUGGGAGGACAAAAUUAUCACCUUUUUGCUCUCCACUUUCGGCUUUCUAUGCCUUGUCGAGGCCGUCAAACUCACAAACAAGACCGCGCGCGUUAUUGCAGUGUACCAUGCGCUCGUGUUUCUUGCACUUACGCGCGCAGCGGCCCUCAUUACCCUUUGCCGUGAGGAGCAAGGCGAGAUGUGCACCCCUACCUUCGGGCUCUCGUGGUGGGCGGUCGCGCUGCUCUACGUGGUGGCAAUUGCAUUGCCAUUGUCUGUCCGCGGCUUUAUGAAGCUCACAUCUUCGUACCAAUCUGCGGCGCCGUUCUGGAUCGGCCGUGGCCUCACCGCAGUGCUCCUCCUCAACGCAUUCUACUGGACGAUGGACUUUUUUGAGUCAGGCGAGCACUUUUCUGCGAGAUUUUCCAUUGAUGAGGCCGUCCUCGAGCUGGCAAUGCUCACUGUUGCGCGCAUUGUCAUGGGCGUGGGCUUGGGUGCCGCCAACUUUGGAUGGGCACGUGGUCCGUUGUGCAUCCAGUUAGAAUUUGCGCGUGACCGCCGCGCGACGAUUCUCGGCUACGGCAACGUCUACGGCGCAAGCUACUUACUCUUUGCGCUCAACGUUGCGAGCGUUGUGAUGCUUGUUUCUAAGCCAUUGGGUGCUGUUUCCAUAUUCAUCCUCAUCAACCAGCUCCUCACGCUCCUCGAGCUCUUUGACGUCUUGAGCCUCCGCAAGUCGCUCGCGGCACCGGUGGUGUUUGGCCUCCUCGCGACUGCGCAUUUCUUCAGCACUGGACACCAAGCAACGCUCUCAUCUAUCCAAUGGGAGGUUGGCUCCAUGACCACCCGCGAGAUCACCAUGCCGUUCACUCACCUCAACAUCUUCCUCAACUCAUUCGGGUCGUACGUGGUGGUGUGCGUGUUCCUUCCGUUGAUUGUGUUAUGGAAGAUUCCGCCCAGCCCCAAGCCGAUCUCAUUGGUGGCAAAGGCGGCGGAGUGUUGUGCGACGUUUGCAAUGUACCAAACAGCGGUCACGUUGAGCACGUUGGUGUUUGCGGCUGUGUUUCGCCGUCACUUGAUGGUCUGGAAGAUUUUUGCACCGAGGUUUAUGAUGGGGGGGAUAGUGUUGGUGUCGACGACGGUGAUGAUUGUGGUGGUAUUUGGGUUUGGAGUCGGGAGAGUUGUCAAGCAGAUGAAUAAGAUCUUUGGGAAGUAG